UGAAAACAGUUGAAUUUCAAAAUUUAAAAUUUUUUAUUAAAAUUAUUUAUUAAAAUCCGGAGGAAUACUACUUCGAAGUUCGAAGUAAUUUAGAAACUUUAUUACCCUAAUAUGUAUAAUAAUGAUACAUAUUAUUGUAUUUGAAAUGAUAGUGGCAGAGAAAUAAUAUCGGUUAUUUUUUGACGUUGUUUUAUCAAACAACAUAUUAACGUGUUUGUUUGUUCUGAAUGUGAGUUUGUUUACAAGUUUACAAACUAUACAAUGGAAGUGGACGGUGUAGAAGAAAAUAAUGUUAAAAACUAUCCAGACGGUGCAAAGUUCGUCAAUUUAAAGGCUUUUGUGAAUGCCGCACGUGAUUUUGAAGUUACUCAUAGUGAAUCAGCUGUUAAUAUGAUGACCCGAAACUUGGGGUUAAUAGCUUCGUCGUGUGAUUUAUCAAUAUUCUCAGCCGGUCGUAUAGAAGUUUGUGCAUUCUUCAGUUCACUGUGGAGAGUGAUGCGAGAGGCACGGGGUCCGCACUGGGCCGGUGUAGCAGUGCUCGCUCGGGCGUCAACUGAGCCUAGCGCAAGGCAUGCCCUUACUCACACUUACAAAUUUAUGCCAAUCUUAGCUCGGUUACUAUCUGAUACAGUGUCAAAUGAAAAGAAAAUAAAACUUCUGACAGUGAUGCAGGACAUCUCAUAUGGUAUUAAAAUCAGUUGGCAGGAAUGUUACCUUCCUAGCCUAAUGAAACAGCUGACAGAGUGGAUAACUCAACCAAUGACUGAGCCACAGCACAGGACAAUUGGCCACAAAUCACUUACAGUAUUAGUCAAUGUGUGUUAUGGGAAUCUACCUGCAAUCUAUGCUUUAAUGAGGACAGUUGACACUAAAAAUUUUGUGGGUCACCUAAUUAAUUUGAAGGAUGGAGGUUACGGAGGCGUGGAAGUGUGCCGCUUGCUGCUGUGUCUGUCGAACAGCACGCGCGGGUCGGCCAACACGAGGCAGCCUGACGUCACACACAGCUACUUGUCCUGCAGCAUGAAGACAUUCAACAAAGCUAUUGUUGAAAGAGAUCCAACACAGUUGCUACAUGCAUACACAUUCAUCAAUGAUCUGUGCUCAGACAGUGACAUCAAAAGUUUUGUACUCACAUACCCAGACUUUUCAACAGCACUUCAAGAAUCAUUGAAGAAUAUCAAUGAGUUAUGCAAAAUUACACCAACCGACAUGGCUGAGCCAGAAACCAGUUGUCUACAACAUGUACUCAAGUUCAUUACUGUUUUAAUUAAUUUAGAUUUGUAUUCACUUCGAAGUCUCCACUGCCAGCUGGUCUGCCUCUGUAUGAAGUCUGCUCGGAACUGUUUGCCGGAAUCGUUGGAGCUUUUCGCCGCCAUUGUUUCGCAAUACAGAGACGAGGGUACACUUCCUCGAGAACUGACUUCAGUGAUCAGUGACGGGCUCCCAGCACUCCUAGUACCGCCUGCUUUAGAACCAGGGAAAGCUGGGUUGCAAUGGCUACAAGUGGUGGGCGCUCUGUGCGAGUCCAGCGACACCCAGGAGCGCGUUCUGCACGAGGUGACGCCGGAUUCCUUUGAGGACACUUUGUACGCAGUUCUGCAGUACACGUCACAGAACGGUCCCGUAGGAGUGGAGACAGGUGCGCAGUGCGUGGUGCUGGCAUGUCGCGCGGGGCUGGCGCUGGCGCCGCUCUCGCGACACUGGGAGGCUGCUUUCUCGAGGAUGCUGGCUCAUCAUCAGGUCAGGAAACUACUGUGCUCGUGUAUGACGAGUAGUAACGGCACGCGGCGGAAACAAAUGUUGCAAAUAAUCAAGCAUCACUACUUCCCCGUCGACCAGAUGAAUCAGAUUUUCGGCGAAAGUGUCCACAACGCGUCGGACAUAAGUGUCGAGAGCGUGUCGGGACGAGUGGACACGGACAGCGAGAGCGUGUGGGCGGAGCGCCUCGCGCCCAGUCAGGAGCUGGCUAUCAACAGCCUCAUCAGCCGGCUCAACGAAGCCUUACAGGCUGGGAAGAUCAACGACAUAGCAACAUCGAGCGCCAUGGAAUUGUACGGAUACAAAUUAACGUGUUUGGAGCAGCGACUUCACUCACAUGCUGUCACUUUACAGAGCGCCACGGAGCACACGGCGUCGCUGCAACACGCGCUGGCUCUCAUGCAGGCCACCAACACGUCGCAGCAAGACGUUCUCUACACUACGCAGAUGCAGAACGAGAAGUAUAAAAAGACAAUAGAAGAAUUACAUAAACAACUGGAAGAUGCAGAGAAAACGUUACAAAGUUUUCGAGCUAAACUAGCAGGCGAGAGGCUCGACAAAGAAAACCAAAAAGACGCCCUUCAGAAAGAGUUCCGGUCCCAAAUAGCUAAUAUAGAAAAUGAAAUGAAAGCUCGCGAGAGAGAAAUGGAAGAACGAUACAAACAUUUAGAACUUGACAAUAGAUCACUGCAGAAGAAGUUAGAACAACAGGCUAACAAAAACAGUGAGCUAGCCAGUGUGCUGAUAAAGUUCGAGGAGCGAGUCAAACAUAAAGACAAGAAGCUGGAGGAGGCUGCAGCCGCUGAAAGCGCUUUGAGGCGCGACGUGGAACAGAAGGACAAUAUGAUAAAACAGUUGGAGAAGACAGUAGUGGAGCGAGAGAACAGGCUGUACCAGGUGACGUCACAGAUGGAGGAAAUGAAACGCGUGCAGGAGAUGGUCGCCAAGCUCAUGAGCAAGAGCACUUCCACGCCCGCCAGCUAGCUGAAGCUUCACUCUGGAAGAUCUACGAGUAAUAUGCAUACAAGGGAUCUCAAUAACUUCGAUUUACCUAUUUUUCAUACUAAUUUUAUUACAUUAUUUCAGAAUAAAUUAGAAUUGUAAUUAUUAGAUUAUUAAUUUUAAAUGGAUUUUAUUUGUCGAUAUCAGAUAUAAAUAAUAAUAAUAAAAUACCAACAUAUUCAUCAUAAAUCCGUAAAAUUAUUAAUUAAUUAAACAUAUUGUAAUGAACUGACUCGUUUGAUGUGUUCAAAUAGCAAAAAUUAUUGUCAACCAUUUUGAUCAUGAAUUUAUUUUUGAUGUCGUUAUACAUUUUGAUAACAAACUUUUAAUAGUCUUCAUAUUAUGUAUAUGAAAUUAAAAUGGUAAUUAUGAAUUUUAAAAUUGAAAUUGUGGACUAAUUUGACUUAACUGAAUAAAUAACUACAUGAAGAAAA